AUUGUCCUGCUGAAAUUCCUGCCACAUCCAGCAAACUGCAUUCAGCACUGCUGAAUAAAGCAAGUGGAGUCAGGCUGACUGAAGCACACAGAACAGCUGUGAAAGUCAUCAGGAGAAUGCAGUAUUUUGUGGCCAGAAGGAAAUUUCAGCAAGCUCGGAAGCCAUACGACGUCCGUGACGUGAUCGAGCAGUACUCCCAAGGACACCUCAACAUGAUGGUUCGCAUAAAAGAACUUCAAAGAAGGUUGGACCAAUCCUUGGGAAAGCCAGGUCUUUUCCUCCCAGAAAAAGGAGUAGACAAAGGAUACUACAGUAUAGGAGCCAGACUGAUCCGGCUGGAGGAUAAGGUCGUGCAGAUGGACCAGAAGCUGGAUGACAUCCUGAGCACGCUGCAGGCUCAGCUGGGGGAUCAGCCCCAGGCACAGAUGCCAGGGCCAGCCACCCCACCUGUCAGACUUCCACAGAGUCCCCCCCAGUGAACCAGAAAAUGGGGAAGCCACUGGACAGCCACAUGUGACCCUCUCACUCUUCCAUGUCUGCCUAUUUCUCAGUCUUCAGCUGUGCCGUGGGUGAAAUGAAAUAUUCUGCAGUAGUAGAUUAAUGAGGGGAAAAAUAGGGGGGAAAAAAAUAAAAAGGAAGGGGGAAAAAA